AUGUCUGAUGAACCCCAAGAACAUAAUUAUACGUUUAAGCAAACAAAGAAUGCUAUAACAGUUGAGCUACCAAGUCCUGAAGAUUUGGUACAGGAGGAUAUUGAUGUUUCAAUUGUAGGGAAAAAAUUGUCAAUUGUUGUAAGAAAACCGGGAGAAGAUGAAGAAAAAUUAUUGGAGGAUACACUUCAUGAGGCUGUAAAUCCAAAUUCUUUGGACUGGAAACUUGAUACAAAUAAGUGGAGAAUUUCUCUUACAGUCAAAAAAGUGGAGGCAAUUGAAUGGCCAAGUUUGUUUGUUGUAGUAAUUAAUAUUCCUCCAGUUUUCCAAUUUGCUGAUGAAAACAAAGUUAAUGAAGUGAUCAAAAUAUUUAAGGAAGCAAAGAGAAAGGAAGAUGGGGGUGAUGAUGGUGAUGAUAGUGGUGGCAGUACUAGUAGCUCUCAUGAACUUAUCUCAAUGAAGCAUCCUAUUAAAGGAUAUUCAAUUGUUAGUUGGGCAACAAUGAAUAGAAAGUAUCCUGUUAUUGAAUUUUUAUUGAGAGCUUUUGGACCAAAGAAGGUAGCCAAUUUGGUCAAUGAGCAAGAUUUUGAAAUAAUCAAGGAAUGGCAAAAAGAAAAAAGAAGACUCCAUCUUCUUGAAAAGAAGCAAAAUGAACCAAAAGAAUCAACUGAAGAAGAAGAAGAACCAGAAGAAGAAAAAGACUUUGCCUCGGGACUUGUUGAGAAAUUUGAAAAGUAUACCGUAGAGUUGAUUAAGCAAAUUGGAGAAUAUGGUAUUUAUGAGGGAGAAACAGCCGAAUUUGAAAUACCUGUUGAAAUACCACCAGUAGUUGAAGAGGAACCACCAAAAGAAGAACCUAAGGAAGAACCCCCUACCACAGAUGAAAACUCUGAGGAAAAGAAUGAAGAUGACAAUGAAAAUAAUGACGACGAUGAACCUAAGGAACCUGUUGAGAAGAAGCCAAAGAAAGUCAAGGUUGUCGAACCACCUAAACCAAUUAUUGUAAAAUACAGACAUGGUUUCGGAUCGGCAUACUAUCCAAAUGACGAUGUAUAUAUUGGUACUUUCGACAACACCAUUCGUGAGGGAAUGGGUGCCUAUAUUUACAGAGGUGACUAUUUGAAACAAUUGAGGGAAAAGAAAGAAAAAGAACAAGAAGAAAAAGACGAGGAAGAUGAUGGAAAUGCUGAAGGUGAUGAAGAAGCUUUCAAUCCAGAAAAUGUUCCUCUCUGCUACUAUGUAGGAGAUUGGAAGAAAAAUAUGAAGAAUGGAAAAGGAAGAAUGUUGUAUCACAAUGGAGAUAGAUUCUAUGGUGACUAUGUGGACGACAAGAAACAAUGUGAAAGAGGAAUUUAUUUGUAUAGCAACGGUGAUAUGUACGUUGGAGAGUUUAAGGACGACCAUAAAACUGGAAAAGGUGUUUACACUUUCGCAGCUGAUGGUUCUAGUUUAGAUGGAGAAUGGAAAGAAGGUAAAUUUAUCUCUGGUGUUUGGAAUUGGAAAGAUGGAAAGAUUGCCUUCUCCUCUGAAAACUUUGCUGGCUCAAAUAUUGAUGGUAACUUUUCGUUUGCUAACUUUAAGAGUUUUGGUUCGUUUAUUGAUGGACAAUGGAAGAUGAAAAAUAUCACUCUUUAAUGCACCUAGUUCUGUAAUAAAUUAAAUAAACUUAAUUGUUAAAUUU